AGUUGGCAUAGAAACUCCCGUUUUUUUAAGUACAGUGACUCUAACAUUAUCCAUGACAAACAGAAUCUUGUUCCAUGUGUAUAAUUAAAGUGUCCUACAAUUGCAGAGAGAAAGAUCAUUGCUUCCUCUUCCAAAAGCUUCCAAGCCGCCGGAGUCAUUGCCGUUCUUCCUUCCUCACUGAGGCAUAUAAAGCUCCAGGCCAAAUCUAAGUCCCUACUUGCCUUCGAUCCUCUCGUCGAUCAGUGCCUCUGCCUCAGUCCGGUCAGAAUCCCCAUUUUAUUCCUCCAUCUUUAUCCAUUGUAGCGGCCUCAUCUGAUGAUAUAAGACCCGUCAAGGUUCAAGACCUUUGUGCAUGAGACUAAUAAGAGAGAUCGUGGGAGUCCAGCUUGUCUCAGUUUGAGACAGAAACUGAGAAACCUGUUAAUUCUUGUCCCUUUUAUCAAAUAAGGUAUUAUCAGGCCAAGGUUUGGCAGGCAAGGUUACUGGAGACUUUGAGAAUUUAGCCGAGUUACCGAACCGAGGCGAAACUUGGGCUUCACUUUUGUACUUAAAAAAUGGCCCAGAUUCCAAACUUAGAUAAUUCUCCUCUGAAUCUCAAAUCCCUCAGAGAACUAUCUCAAAGAGAACUCAUAAACAUCCUCAAGAACAUUCGAGGAAAGAAGUGCUUGGUCAUUGAUCCAAAGCUUAGUGGCUCCCUUUCUUUGAUCAUCCAAACAUCAGUACUAAGGGAACAUGGUGCUGAACUGCGGCAUCUUUCAGCAGACCCAAUUCAAACUGAUUGCACCAAAGUGGUCUACCUUGUUCGUUCUCGGUUUAAUUUGAUGAGAUACAUUUGCUCACAUGUUCAUAAUGAUAUAUCUAAAGGACUUGAAAGGGAGUAUCAUAUUUAUUUUGUACCUCGCCGUGAGGUUGUUUGUGAGAAGGUGCUUGAGGAGGAGAAAGUUCAUCACUUAAUGACCAUAGGGGAAUACCCAUUCUACAUGGUUCCAUUGGAUGAGGAUGUAUUGUCAUUUGAACUUGAUUUCGCUAACAAAGAUUGCCAAGUUGAUGGUGAUACAAGCUCUCUUUGGUAUAUUGCUAAGGCCAUUCAUAAGCUUGAGUCUUCUUUUGGGGUGAUACCACAUGUGAGGGCCAAAGGCAAAGCAUCUGUACGUGUUGCUGACAUUCUCAGUCACAUGCAAACAGAAGAACCAGUCAACUCUUCUGAUAUGGGUGGUCCAGAGAUAAAUACACUCAUCCUUCUUGAUAGGGAGGUGGACAUGGUUACUCCUAUGUGUUCUCAAUUAACUUAUGAAGGACUACUGGAUGAGUUUUUGCAUAUCCAUAAUGGUUCUGUGGAGCUUGAUGCAUCUAUAAUGGGCGCUCAACAACAAGAGGGAAAAAAGAUGAAAGUUCCACUUAAUUCAAGUGACAAAUUGUUCAAGGAGACUAGGGAUCUCAAUUUUGAAGUUGUUGUCCAGGUUCUACGACAAAAAGCAACAUCUAUGAAGCAGGACUACACAGAGAUGACAACUACUAACCAGACAGUUUCUGAGUUGAAGGAUUUUGUUAAAAAGCUCAACUCAUUGCCAGAAAUGACUAGGCAUAUAAAUCUUGCUCAGCAUCUGUCAAUGUUCACAUCAAAGCAGUCUUUCCUUGCACGACUUGACAUGGAGCAUACUAUUGUUGAGGCUCAGAGCUAUGACAUAUGCUUUGAGUACAUUGAAGAAUUGAUCCAUAAGCAAGAACCUCUUGUCAGUGUUCUGCGGUUUCUCAUAUUGCUUUCUGUUACAAAUUCUGGGUUGCCCAAGAAGCAUUUUGACUAUUUGAGGAGGGAGCUACUCCACAGCUAUGGAUUUGAGCACAUGGCAACUUUGAAUAAUUUAGAAAAGGCUGGAUUACUUAAAAAGCAGGAAACAAAAAGCAACUGGCUGACAGUCAAGCGUGCUCUACAACUUGUGAUUGAAGAUACUGACACUGCCAACCCAAAUGACAUUUCCUAUGUCUUUUCUGGAUAUGCACCACUAAGUAUUCGUCUUGUUCAGCAUGCUGUUCGUUCUGGAUGGCGUCCCAUGGAAGAAAUUUUGAAGUUGUUGCCUGGACCACACUCAGAAACAAAGAGAGUUGGAUUCUCAAGCAGUCCAUCUUUUGACACAUUGCACAGGUCUUCAGAAGCUGCAGACAGAUUAGUAGCUGACGGAAGACGCUCCCUUGUACUUGUUGUAUUUAUUGGAGGGGUUACAUUUGCAGAAAUUUCUGCUCUCCGAUUUCUUAGUGCUCAGGAAGGGAUGGCAUAUGAUAUGAUUAUUGGAACAACAAAUAUUGUCAAUGGCAAUACCUUGGCAGAGGCAUAUGUAGAGCAUUUGGUUUGAUUAUUUGAUUUUAAAUUGCUUUCCAAUUUCAUACUUUGAAGUGAAAAUUGAUUUGUGACCUACAGAACUGGGAAAUGAGACUUGUUAAAAUUCAUGCGGGAGAUUUUGAAAUUCGAUUAUUUUGUGGUGAAACAAUUUGCCCCCUUCAUAGAGUUUCCUAGUGAGCUCAAUGGAACCAAGAGUUUUUAUAAAUCAGAUGGGUUUGAUUGGAACAA